GCAGGCGUGUUUGGUCGCCCGGGUCCGGCAGGCGGAACGGCUGUGUAGCUUGUGUUCGUUGUCUCGGGGCUUCACGUUCUGCUGGGACAAGAGAGACCCGAGGCGCUGGCGACGACGCUGACGGAGAAGUCAAGGGAAGGCCGCGCCUCGUCUGUUUUUUUUCUCCCUCUCGGUUAGCAAGCAGCCGGCUAGAAGAGGAUGAGCUGGCUCUUCCACUACUCCAAAGGGGGUAGCGGUGGCGCGGCCGCCGCCGCUACCUCUACCUCCUCUUCUUCCGCUGGCGGAAUAGCGUUGCCUUCGACUCUCACCAGCCUCCAGCAGCAGCGGCAGCGGCAGAUCGAGUCCCUGCGCAGCUCCCAUGCCGCUAUAGCUGAAAUACAAAAAGAUGUAGAAUAUCGGUUACCCUUCACUGUAAAUAACCUGACAAUAAAUAUAAAUAUCUUGCUUCCUCCUCAGUUUCCUCAGGAAAAGCCAGUCAUCAGUGUUUUCCCCCCAAUACGGCACCAUAUAAUGGACAAACAAGGAGCAUAUGUGACCUCUCCAUUAAUUAAUAGUUUUACAAUGCACUCUGACCUUGGCAAAAUUGUUCAAAGUAUACUUGAUGAAUUUUGGAAAAGUCCUCCGGUUUUGGCUCCCAGCACAACAACAUUCCCAUACCUUUACAGCAAGCCAACUGGAAUUCCUACAUAUGCUCAGAAUUUUCCAUUUCUUUCUGCAUAUCUACCACAAGAAACAAAUAGAUCUGUAGCAUCUGUGCCCCUUGCAGAAUCACUUUCUUCAAGUUAUGGUACAGAUAGACCUGCAGCUCCUUCCUUUGGCAUGAUAACUGACUUGCCGUUACCUGUUCCAACAACAGAAACAUUAUCACAGGGAAACCAAAAUGGAUUUGGGUACAAAAUGCCUGAGGUUCCAGAUGUAUUUCCAGAAUUAUCAGAACUAAGCAUAUCACAGCUGACAGACAUGAAUGAACAAGAAGAUAUACUGCUAGAACAAUUUGUUAAUCUACCCCAAUUGAAGCAUAUAAUUAAUGAUAAAGAUGAUUUAGUGAAAAAUAUUGAAGAACUAGCAAAAAAAAAUUUGUUAUUGGAACCAAGCUUGGAGACAAAAAGGCAAACAAUACUAGAUAAAUAUGAACAACUGAUUCAUUUGAAAACCACAUUUGAAAAGAAAGUACAAAGACAGCAUGAACUUAGUGAGAGUUGCAGUGCAAGUGCUCUGCAGGCAAGAUUGAAAGUGGCUGCCCAUGAAGCUGAAGAGGAGUCUGACACUAUUGCAGAAGACUUUCUGGAAGGGAAAAAAGAAAUAGACGAUUUUCUUAGUAGUUUCAUGGAGAAAAGAACAAUUUGCCACUGUAGAAGAGCCAAAGAAGAAAAACUACAACAGGCAAUAGCAAUGCAUGGUCAAUUUCAUGCUCCAUUAUAGAUUUUUUUUCCUGCUAAUUAGAAUUUUAAGGCAACAAAUCCAGCAAAGCACAUUUUCAUAGAACUAUUAUUUUGCAAAUAAACAUUUCAUUAUGGCUGUAUUUAUAGAAAAAAACUGUACAUAGAGCUGGGGUGAUUUUUUGUACAAAUUAGAGUGUCUUUCUAUUCUUAUUUUAUUCAAAAUGUACUUCUACUGCAAUUUUUGCACUAAUAUUUCUUGUUAUCUAUUACCCUUAUCAUAUUUAAUUUCAUGCUGCUGCCUCUACCACCUUUAUAGAUUAAACAUUUAACAUGUAAUUUUGACUAGAUUUUUAAAUUUUAUACAACAUAAUCCAUAACUUUCUUAUUAAAUACUGGCUGGUUUGUUUGAGAGGCAUAGAAAUGUUGGUUGGUUGAAGUAAGUUAAAAGUAAAAUUAGGUAGAUUUUUCAUCCGGUUUUAUCAGAAUGCACCAGAAUUUAAUUUCUUGAAAUCAGGUUUCACCUAUUUUUGUAUCAUGUCACUACAUAGAGUUCCAGUACUUAAGUAUACACUACUGCAAUCAGAUUUGAGUAGCUAAGAAACUGAAGAGCUAAAACUUUUAAGCAACCCUUCAAACAUUUAGGGGAAAUUAAUAUGAUUUUCUUUAGAAUCCUUUCUUUUAAUUUUGCCACUCAUUGCUUUGGGAAGUAUCCUACCUCAAGUCUCAAAUGGAGAUAGGCAUAAUUCUCUCCAAUUCUUGCAUCUUACUUUUCUUAUUUGUAUUGAAGCAAAUGAGUGGGUAGAUUGUAUAAAUUCUUGGUAUUCCUACAUUUGCUUUAUUUCCUCAUCUCUGUUCUCUUUUGCCCUAGUGUGUCCAUGUGUUCGUAUAAGCACUUUUGAAACCAAGAAGGAAAGAAGAACUUUAGUAUAUAUAUUAUCAACAACUGUAUUAUUUAGGUCCAAUAGAAUUGACUCAAACCCUCAUCUCUCAGUCCCCUGCAUCAGACAUAAAAUAAGCAAGUUUAUUCACCUGUUCAAUAUUAUGUUGGCAAAACUUAGUGAAAUAACUGCAGUCCUAAAUCACUCUUCUACAGAGGUAAAAUUGAGGUUACACUAAAAAUACAACAAAAGAAUUUUAUUUUCAUAUAAAAAUAGUUUGAUUUUACGUCUUGCAUGUUCAUAAGAAUUCAAAAUGUUUUUCAGAUAAUUAAAUCUCAGACACUUUUUCUUUAAAUAAUUAGCAAAAAUCUAUGAUAAUAUUGCAGAAAACUGAGUCUAGGAGCAUACAUUCAUGACUUGUUUUUUUUUCCCCUUUUAUUGCUUUGUUAAGGAAUAAAUUUCAUUUUCUUGAACGAUUUAUAAGGCUUGUCCAAAAAGUUUCAGUAUUGAUAUUUGCAUUUUUAAAGCAGAAUAUUUAAUUCUGCAUGUGGAAAAGUAACUGUAGAGUUCAGCUUUAUAUACUUUGGGACAUACUGAUAACUUUUGAGACUUAAACUGGAAAUAAAUAAGUUUGGUGGAACAAAUACUAUUGCUAUGUGUCGUUUAGGUUAUUUUAUCAGUUCUCCUUACCGUUCUCUUCAAGAAUUCUUGUUUCCUGAUCUCGGCUUCUCUCCCUCUGGCAGUCUUUAGAUUUAAAUUAACAAUACGUAUUUGAAAGUUAUUUAAUUGUACUUGUAAUCUGGUAAUUGUAAUCUCUUACCUAGUCUUUUUAUGUAAAUGGUAACAGUCUAGUUAUGACUUUACAGUCAUACUUUUUUGUUGUUAUAAAUGUCAAGCUUGAACCAUUUCUCCUUCACUUAGAAAUGUUGAGGAAAAUUGCUGGUUAGAAAUUUAAUUUAAAAUGUAAUUCAAGUUAAGCCACGUGUUUUGUUAAUAUUCAGUGUGAAUUCAGCUAUUGUGGCUAAUGAAUCAGUUUAUGAUAACCGCAUUACAUGAACCCAACCAAGUAUGAUUUAUAAAGACACUGAUCUUAAUCUAGUACUUGAAAUCAACCAAAAGGCAGAGUUUCAAAAUGCAUCAAGCCUUCUUCCAAGUGAAGUGUGCUCAUCAAUGGGUUGUGAAUUGUACUCUCUUGCUUUGUUGCUGUCAAGGUUGUCUUGAAUCGGCAUAGGUUUAUAUUAGUGAAAAAAGCUGUAUUGUCUGUAGCACUUCCUACAUUUCAAGCCUGUUCCUUCUUUCCAUACAGCGAUAGUGCCUUGCUGUGUGACUAUCCUGAAAUGCUUGGCAUGGAUUGGGGUAAUUGAGAAAUUAGAAAUUCUCUUUCUCUUAUAUUAAUUGCUGAUUAUAUAGUUAUAAAAACUUUGCAUCAUAUCACAGUAUUGAUAACAAUACUCCAACACAGGUAAUUAUAGAAUCAAUGAAGAGAAAAUCAGGGAAGCAAGCACAAACCCACUAUUUGAAUAGGUCUUCAGGUUCAAUUUGAUUUUGUUUAUUAAUGGUAACAAAAAAUAUAAUCAAAGGGAGACGUUUGCUAACCUAUUAUUUGGAGGCCUCUGUACAGUGGGGAUCCCAAAGAGGAAAGGGAGACGAUUCAUUAUGAUGUGAAAACAAUAGAUGCUCAGUCCUGAGAAAUCAUUCCAUUCCCUGCAACAGUGUUUUAUAUGAUAAAUACCAAGACAAAUGGCACUAAAAGCCAAUGGGAAGUUAGCAGGUUAGCAACAUGCAUGAAUGGACUGUGGGGUUAUGUUUUUAAAGGGCAAGGACUGCAAGUUACCUUUCUUCCUGAAACAAAAAUAUAGCUCAAUGUGGAUUUAUUUUCUAACCAAUAGCAGAUAAUAGACAUGUGUAUAAUUUGAAAAAUAAACUAGAAAUCUAAAGUAGCUGGCUGAAAACAAUGACCAAAAGUUUUCGUUAUAAGGAUAAAAAUCUCCUGAACAUUUUGUGGCCAAUCCCUUUUUGCAACAUACACAUUGGAUUCUCACAUGCUUAUUCAUGAGAUGGAUACUUUGCUUUUGGCUGACCAUGAGACUGCAAAUAGUAUUUAUUACAGCACUCCCAUUUAAUCAUCUAAAGCUUAUUGUGAUAUGCAACUUCAGCUGCAAACAAGUUAUAAAAUUCAGUCAUUUUGCUUUCAAUUGAGAAGAUAAACUUUUACAAUAGUAAAGUAUUUCAUGAGCUUAUUUCAUGAGCUUAGUAUGGAUGUUUUUACCAUAUUGUAAAUACUACUUUGAAUUAAGAUUCUAGAGUGUAACAAUAAAAAAGACUUAAUUGGAUAAGUUAACAUUAUUCUUUAUAAUGUUCUCAAUUAUACCCUAAUGCCCAAUAGUAUACAGUGUGUGCUAUAUCUUUAAUUUUGCAAUAAUUUAGUAAUAAUAAUGCAGCUUUGAAACUAUACAAGACAACCCAUUAAAUGAAAGAUCUCCGUACUCCAAAUAGAACCAGGAGCUGAGUAGGAAUACUGCAGGUUUAAAAUACACUACACAAAAUUUAUAGAAGACACAAUAUGGU